GUUGAGAUUUCAUGGAUGCAGCAUCCUUGUCAUGUCUACAAGGUCUAUCUCAUGACAGGUAUCGUGGUCCUUUGGAUUUUCCAUCUUCCUAUCCACUCUUCUGCCAUGUUCCCAAAGCCUAGGUUAGCGCUCUACGUGUAUGAAUAUCUGCUCCAUGUAGGAGCUCAGAAAUCGGCUCAGACAUUUUUAUCAGAGAUAAGAUGGGAAAAAAACAUCACAUUGGGGGAGCCGCCAGGAUUCUUACAUUCUUGGUGGUGUGUAUUUUGGGAUCUCUACUGUGCAGCUCCAGAGAGACGGGAAACCUGUGAACACUCGAGUGAAGCAAAAGCCUUCCAUGAUUAUAGUGCUGCAGCAGCUCCCAGCCCCGUGCUAGGAAACAUGCCCCCAGGAGAUGGCAUGCCAGUAGGUCCCGUGCCACCAGGGUUCUUUCAGCCUUUUAUGUCACCUCGGUACCCUGGAGGCCCAAGGCCCCCAUUGAGGAUACCUAAUCAGGCACUUGGAGGUGUUCCAGGAAGUCAGCCAUUACUCCCCAGUGGAAUGGACCCAACACGACAACAAGGACAUCCAAAUAUGGGUGGACCAAUGCAGAGAAUGACUCCUCCAAGAGGAAUGGUGCCCUUAGGACCACAGUCUGACCCUUGGUUAUCAUUACAGAACUAUGGAGGUGCAAUGAGACCCCCACUGAAUGCUUUAGGUGGCCCUGGAAUGCCUGGAAUGAACAUGGGUCCAGGUGGUGGUAGACCUUGGCCAAACCCAACAAAUGCCAAUUCAAUACCCUACUCCUCGGCAUCUCCUGGGAAUUAUGUAGGUCCUCCAGGAGGUGGAGGACCACCAGGAACACCCAUCAUGCCUAGUCCAGCAGAUUCAACUAAUUCUGGAGACAACAUGUAUACUUUAAUGAAUGCAGUACCUCCUGGGCCUAACAGACCUAAUUUUCCAAUGGGCCCUGGAUCAGAUGGUCCCAUGGGUGGAUUAGGAGGAAUGGAGUCCCAUCACAUGAACGGCUCUUUAGGCUCAGGAGAUAUGGACAGUAUUUCCAAGAAUUCUCCCAAUAAUAUGAGCCUGAGUAACCAGCCGGGCACUCCGAGGGAUGACGGUGAAAUGGGGGGAAAUUUCUUAAAUCCUUUUCAGAGUGAGAGUUACUCCCCCAGCAUGACCAUGAGUGUGUGAUCCAUUACUGCGUCUCCUCAUGAAAACCAUCGUGAGUCAGCCCAUCACAGAACUACUACGGAAGAAAACUACUCGUCGUGUACAGUUAGACAAAGGAAUCUCAGACAACCAGACCACCUUUUAGUUCCUGCUCUCUCCCCUAUUUUGAGAAGAAAGCGGGUCCGAAUAUGAUUCAAGCAACUGUACGGAGUGGCACAUUAGCAUUGCCCCCAACUGAACUGCGAUGAUUCUCUGUGUGUAUGUGUGGGGAAAAGAAUGCAUCGUAUAUGCAGAUCUGUAUGCAUAUUUAUGCAUACUGCAUUGACCCACGGGACAUUGUAAGAUAUUAUCACAUGACAUCCUAAGUAGAAGUAAGUAGGGACUUUUAUUCCAUCCUUUUUUUCACGUUUACAUUUUAAUUAUUAAAGGUUGCUCCUGCCCUUCCCCAUCUAUUUUGUGCUGUGUACAUCACUGCUUUAUAUAAGUUAUUUUUUAAGGUGAACUCAGAUGUUAUGGUUUUGUAAAUGUCUGCAAUCAUGGAUAGGAAUAAAAUUGCUUAUUUGAGAGCUUUCAUUCACUGUGUCUGAAGCAAGUUGCCUGUGAGCCUCAGAGUGUACCGAGUGUACCGAGAUUGUGUCUUCAUCCUCAUGUCCAGCAGGCAUUCAGUCACCUUCAUGCAAAGUAGUGUGGUGCUUUGUAUAUAAGGAAGCAAUUCAACAGAAGCUCAGCCAGGGCUUCAGACAGUACACCUCCGCAAUAACCACUUGAAAUUGAGUUCUUUUUUGAUUUGUUUGUCUUAGAUGAUGCAGAAAUCAUUAGCUAACUCAAAUUACUUAAACCAUAGCAAUAAAGUGACAUGGGUUAAUCAUACUUUUAGCACACAUUCUCUCUUAAACUCGAUAAAAUUCAAAAGUGUUAACAAAGCCACUUGUUUGAAUUUACAGUUUCUCCCAGGGAUCUAGAAGUAAAUUUUUAAUAAUAUACAGUGAGAAAUGGUAUUGUAUGUUUAUUCAGAUUUCCUAUGAUCAUUUCCACAGACACUUGAAAACAGACAGACUCGGUGACAUGAUUCAGGCUUUUAGCCCAGAGAGCAGAGAAUGAGAACACUAGAGGAUCCUGCAGCACUUCUGGUUUCUCCCACCCAGUAGCUCCUGUCUGUUCUGUUGUCUCUGCUCACAGGUGGCAGUAGACAUGCCCUGUCCACUCUGUUCUGGGGUCAGAGGGCUCGCCCUGGGAGGCAGAUUAUCUGUGUAACUUGUGUGUUGACUGCAGCUGGCUAGAUCUCUAUUGUGUGUCUUAUAGUUCAGAAGGGAGUAAAGAAAUAGUUUUUAAUUACCUCCCUUACGAAAGCGCCCUGCUGCAUACCACUUCCCAGAUCUUUGGGAUUAUGUUUAAUCUUGUAUCCAAACACCAAAUCCCAAUAGGACAAGCAGAGAGAGUUUAUUUUAUACUCUAAAAGACAACUCUGCGAUCCUUUCUGUUCUAAUUGAGAUACACAUAACCACUGAUCUCUACCCUGCUAGCGGGUACUGCCCAGUCUUGUGGGAGAGGACUCCUCCCUGUCCCUGGGGACUGUAAUGUAACUGAGAAUGUUGACACUCUUUACCUGCUCUUGGUUCUAGACAAUUGAUUUCUCUCAAAUCCACACGGAUUCAUUCUUCCUGAAAAUGGAAAUUUUUGGCUGGGCAUUCCAGAGAUGCUGGGAGCAUAGAGGAUAAAUAAAAUGAAUUAGCUUUACAUUGCAGCUCUAGAUGACAGAAUACGAGUCAUAGUUUAUAGCACAGCGUCGGCCUACAACUGUACCAGAGAGCAUCCUUGUACUAACCGGCUACAGGAACCUGUUGCAGGAGGCUCACACAGGAAGUCUUUACCCUCAAGUGGAGCUAAUCUGGAGAUGACACUUCGUACAUUCACCCGAAUCACUAGGGACAGUGGCAGCUUUCACUCUCUAUACAACUGUACAAAGUUAAACUGUCUCAGUAAGCUCAGUUUUCCAGUGUUGGACCUUGCUCUACUCUGCAUCACGACUGGCCUUCAUUUCUGUCCUUUGUCUUCUGAGAAGGGAAGCAAAUGAUUCCUACCACACACAGAAAUCAUGAAGCUAACUUUACUUGCCCUUCUUUGGGAAUAGUACUAGAAUAUAAAUGACACAAAUGUCAUUUUAAUAAUGAUAAAGUAGCAGCAUCAUGUGCUACUUCUAACCUAUUUUGUUUUUUUUUUAAAGUAAAAUGAUUUUGUUUUUGUUUUCAUUUCCUUCCUUUUUGUUGUUGUUGUUUUUUAGAACUCAGUUUAAAAAAAUACCCGUUUCCAAUUUUUAAAUUCUUGAAGACUGAAAAAUUAUUUUUAAGACAAAGCUAUGUUCACAAACAGGAAAAUAUAAGAAUGCUUACUUUUUAUGGCCAGAUAACUUUGUUACCUGAAGGGUAAACAUUAAACUAUAUUGAUUGUAUUUAGAUCUUAAUUAUUUAACCUUUAUUGUUUUUCUGAUAAGAAAAUCCAACAUUUUCAUGCAUUCUACCACUGUUGGCAUGUUCAUGUUGUCAUGAUGUAUAUGCUGCUUGCCAGCGGUUAUUAUUUUUGCAUACUUCAGCCCAUAAUAAUGAAAUCAGAAGUACUGACAUAUAUUGGACAUGGCAUGCGCUCAUAAAAUGUGAGAAUGAGCAGCAGGUGUGAGCAUGCAUCCUAUUACUCCUCCCUGCCCUCCCUAGUGCACCGAUGUUUGAAAGUUUGUGUCAGUCUAAGUCCUGUAUGGUUCUUAACCACCUGACUUUCUUACUGCAAAGAUGUCCAGUGUGGAAAAAAAAAGGCUUCUUGGUACACUGAUGGACAAAUUAUCACUUUUUUGAAAACAUUCCAAUUUGGGUUCAGUUGCUAGUGAACAGGAAUUUUACAGCUAAAAAUCUGAGGUUAAGAUUUCUCGGUUGCCAAAAAACUCACAAAUCAAUUCCGCUCCCUUCAGGCAAGGAAAGUGCUCAGAUGCACCUGUGCCUACAGAAAUUAGAGAAGAUUUGUUCCAUUUUUCUUUUCAUGAUUCUGUAAGGCAUCUGAACUCCAUUGCUUUUGAAAGGACCAAACAGUCUUCAGCUUUGAAGACAGCAGGCGGAGUGAGUGAGGUCAUCUUGGUAUACGAGGAGCUCCACAGCUACCUCCAUCGUUCCCCAUAUCACUCUGGGGCUGUGCCCUCAGCAGGGACCAUGCACAGUUCUCAGUACUCCAAACCCAGGUUAGCUUGUCGCCUGGCUUUUCCAUGCUUGCCUUCUAUCCCAGGAGAUGAGAUGCACAGAUGAGAUGCAAGGGUUGAACAUCUUUUCCCUCUCAGCCUUGCAGCUUUCUCCUCUGCACAGUAUGUAGUACUGGUGGUAGUUUUCCUGAGGGAAACAAUUUCAUUUUCAUUCCUUGAUUACUACUGUUCAUCAUAAGCAGUGUUACACAUCACAGCUACGUGACAUCUGAAUGUUCUCUCGACACUGUUUCCUGUUGUGUGUGCCGUAGUUCUCCUUUCCUUGAGACAUUAAGUGAGGCAAGAAGCCCAUGAGUACAUGGUAUAUGGAGGGAAGACUGGUGUGAUGAGACCAUUAUCACAUGUCUUACCAAAUGCCAAUUAGUCUUUUGUAGUUUUUCCUUCUUGUGUAUUAAAUUUCUCUGAUAUGAGGAGCAAAUCCCAUGCUUGCUUAAAACAAUGUAUCCAAUUGUAAGCAUUUGUAACAGUCUCCCCUGGUCUGAGAAAUAUGCCUUGAGAAAUAUGGGAAAAGCAAGAGUAGUGGACUGUUGUUAAUACCACCUCAAUUCUGCAUACUACAUGUGUGUAUAUAUGUGUGCAUGUGUUGGGGAUGGCAGCAUAAAUUUUGUUCAUAAACCCCA